CAUGUACUGCUUCUAGUAUCUCCUCGUAUUCCAGGAAGUUUCUCGAGACUAGCGCUCUCGGCUCUGAGUAUAUUGUGAUGACUGCUCUGAGUUAGCGGGGACCAUUCCUCCCCCCAGGUGCGCCACGUCUCACCCUAAGCUGGCAUUGUCGGUAUAAGUAUUAGCGCCUACCUUCCUCUCUCUAGAUCUUCCUUUGUCUUGCUCGUCUUCGUACGUUCGCUGCGAUCGUCAUUCGUUUAUUCGUAUUACACCUUAAUUCUAAUCGACAUUGUCGACACAUUCGCUACCUAUCAACCUUAUCGUCGUUUCUAAAACCAAAGAAUUUAAUACUCCUACAUUACAGUUUCCACUAGAUAUGCGUUUCUCGGACUUCAUCGCCGCCUCGUUGGUGGCACCGCUCGUCGCUGCUCAUGGAGGUCUUGAAGGAGCCCCGAAAGUCUUCGGCCUACCGAAGCAUAUGAGGGCUAGGAACCCUUUCGCUACUCACGAGGCUCCUCGUGAUGCACAGCCUUACAGGGGUCUCCAUGCUCGUGACAGCACCGACGGUCGUUGUGGUCCCGAGGGUGGAAAUCAAGUUUGCGCUGCGAACGAAUGCUGCUCCGGUGCCGGAUAUUGUGGUACCUCAAAGUUGCACUGCCAGGCCCCUGACUGUUUGCUUGACUUUGGCCCGGCUUGUGAUGCGAACAAGACACCUGCUGGAACGUCCACUCGCAACGACCUUCGCCCCCAGCUUGGGAGCAUUCCAUAUGGUGGCGGUGGUAUCUAUGUCUGCGAAAAGCCCGGCACCGUUGCCCUUACUUACGAUGAUGGACCAUACCUCUACACCGAUGGCCUGCUCGACCUCCUCAAGACCAAGAAUGCCAAGGCAACGUUCUUCAUUACCGGCAACAACAUUGGAAAGGGUGCGAUCGAUGAGAACUGGUCGGGCGUCAUCCAGAAAAUGUACAACGAAGGUCAUCAAGUCGCCUCUCACACAUGGUCUCACCAGGAUCUAAGCAAGAUUACCCAGGAGCAAGUGUACGACCAGAUGAUCAAGAACGAGAUGGCCAUCCGUAACAUCAUCGGCAAAUACCCUACCUACAUGCGCCCACCCUACUCUUCUUGCACUGGACUUUGCCCGGGCAUUCUCGAGCAACUUGGUUAUGUCGUCUCGUACUUCGACUUGGAUACCGAUGACUACAACCAGCUCACUACGGAAACGAUCCAAGUCGCAAAGGAUAACUUCAAAAAGGGCAUCGAUAGCCGCAACGUGGAACCCUAUGACGGUGACAGGCUUGCCAUUGCUCACGAUAUCCACGAGCUGAGCGCUACGAACCUCACUUCCUACAUGCUCGACUACCUCUACUCCCAGGGUCUUACCGCUGUCACCAUGGGCGAGUGCUUGAACGACCCCAAGGCCAACUGGUACCGUGACUCCACGCCUGCUCCUCCUAGCACUAGCUCCACCCAAACUUCCACUGGCCCCACUGCCACCCCUACUGGUCCUACCUCGACUGACGGUGCCUGUGGCGUUUCCGGAAAUGGCCAAUCUUGCAUUGGCUUCGUUAACGGGGGAUUGCUGAGUGAGUGCUGCUCCCAGUACGGGUUCUGCGGAAACACUGAGGGUCAUUGCCAAACUGGAUGCCAGGCGGGCUUCGGAAAGUGUGGAACCCAGCCCAGCGCUUCUCCUACUCCCUCAGCCUCUGUCUCUGCUACCUCCACUGGUCCUGUUCCUACUCCUACUGGCCCUACGUCAACUGACGGCAGCUGCGGUGCUACCGGCAAUAGCCAAUCUUGCAUUGGUUUCGUUAACGAGGGAUUCCCCAGCGAGUGCUGCUCUCAGUACGGCUUUUGCGGAAAUACCCCAGGCCAUUGUGAGACUGGAUGCCAGGCCGGCUUUGGAAAUUGUGGUCCUUCUGGUAUUCAUUCCAGCGUCAUCGUGGAUAGCGUUUCGACUUCGGCCACAACCAGCUCCAGCAGUGUUACUGUUUCCUCCUCAGUCGGCACCAGCUCUUCGAGCGCCUCGUCUUCAGCCUCAGCCAGCUCCAGCAGUGUUACCGUUUCCUCCUCAGUCGGUACCAGCUCUUCGAUCGCCUCGUCUUCAGUCAUCUCGAGCUCCACCAUCGUUUCUAGCUCUUCAGUAGUUGUCAGCUCCAGUGCCAGCUCCGUCUCCACUGCUCCGUCUGCCACCCCCAGCACUUCCGGCGAACCGUCCCGUGAUGGAACUUGCGGUGGUGAGAAGGGCUACACUUGUGUUGGCUUUCAGACCAUCGAAGGUGUGCUUUCUGAGUGCUGUUCUGCGUACGGAUGGUGCGGCUCGUCCGCCGGCCACUGCGGUCCUGACUGCAACCCUGUCUACGGCAAGUGCCCUUCUGUCUCUUCAUCGGCCUCUGUCUCGUCGUCGGCUUCCGUCUCUUCGUCGGCCUCCGUAUCCCCAUCGGCCUCCGUAUCCUCGUCAGCUUCCAUCUCCUCAUCAGCCUCCGGCUCCUCAUCGGCUUCGGCCUCUUCUUCGGCUUCGGUCUCGUCCGCUUCGGUCUCCUCGGUCUCCAGCAAGCAGGACUCCACCUCUUCUGUUGCUCCUUCGUCAAGUGUCUCCUCUUCCGCGGUCGUUUCAUCUACUUCCGCUUCUACCAGCCACGCUUCGUCCACUGGGGAUUACUCUGCCUCGACCACUGUAUCUGUUACCAAGGACGGCUAUCCGACUGGCCCCGAUGUCGCUUACCCAACAGUCAGCUCUACCGUUGACCCAUCGGGCACUUCUACUGUUUCUCCCUCUGGCUUCAGCUCUGGCUCCUCCACCGUUUCCCCCAGCGGUAGCUCAGCUAGCGACCCCGCGAGCUCUUCCUACAGCGCUGUAACGCCCAGCUCCACUUCAGGCACAACCGUCAGCUCCUUCUCAGUCUACUCUGCAAGCUCAACCCCCUCUGCUGAGAAGCCUAGCUCCACUCUGGAUACGACCUCUAGCUCUAUUGCAGUCUCCUCCGCGAGCCUGUCUUCCUCAGCCGCCACGCCCAGCGCCACUUCAUCCUCGAGCUCCAAUACCAUUCCAGUCUACGCCACGAGCUCUUUCUCCACCGUUGUAAAGCCCAGCUCCACCCCUUGUGAGACCUCGACUGCUGCACCUACACCUCUUCCCAGGGUCAGCACGGACGGCAAGUGCGGAGCUGCCAACGGCGGCCAAACCUGUGCCGGGUACAAGAACCCCUUUGGCGAGUCGAUCGAGUGCUGCUGCAAGCAGAGCGGUCGAUGCUCCACUGAUCCCUGGUCGUGCAGCACUGGAUGUGACAAGGGCUUCGGUAACUGCUCUAGGUCUGGAACAUAUUAAAAAGGGUGGUAACGUGGGAAGUUGCUAAGUGUUGAUGGUUAUGUCUCUUUUUUUCAUUACUAUUCAGGAACAUUUGGGUAAUUUGCGGAGGGAUUGUUGAUUUUGUUGUAUUCGCUGAAUUACAAGGGGGUUGAUGAACAUGUGGUUAAUGUUAAAUCGACGAAGUACUCCACAUGAGAAAAAAAAAAGUCUAGUUUACAUGACAUGAAGAUGAAUUACAGACUAUUGCGCAAUCAAUCAA